AAGACGCAUUGCCCGCGCGUUGAAGAGAUCGGGAGACGCUCGUCAGAUUGUCAUGGCAGAUAUUGCAGAAGCCUGGACGGAGGCUUCAAGGAGCCCCAACUGUUGGGAGACGGAUGCCGCCCCAGUCUUCAUUCUUGGUUCUGACGGCCAGGCACAUGAGACGCGACCCACCACCUCGCUGGCGAAAGACUUGGCAAAGUCGGAGCCCAAGAGCUCCAGUCCCAGUUCUCCAAGUCGAAGGAGGCGGCCCGAGGAGCGGCCCCUGGCAAUGACCGGAGCUGCACCCGAGGCCAAUCGCAGCAGAGUCUCGCGAGUGUCAGUGGCAGAUCGGCCCCUGUGUGGCUUCGGUGAUGCCAGCUCCAAAUCCUCCCGGAGGUCCUACGGUGGCUCGAGCAGUUUCGAACCGUUGACAGCUCCGGCGAACAGGAGGAGUAUUGCCUCUGUGAAAGAUCGACCAGAUGUGAAGCGAAAUGGGCGGUGCUCAUACGAUCCCAUUGAGAAACUGUUGGGCAUGGGAAUGGACAAGGAGUCCGCCCGAGUGGCGCUCUGUGCAGUGGGUGGUGAUGUGGAGAAAGCCAUGCGGUUGGUCUUGGAGGAUUCGAAGGCCCAUGUCUCUCGAGAGGCCUGUGAAUGGGAAUUUGAAGGCGACAAGGGGUGGGUGCCCUUCGACGUGGAAAGCGAUCGGAUCCUUCAGAACGCUGUGGAUCAGAUGAAGGAGGCUUGCGAACUUCGUCUCAACGGCCACAGGUACUUGAUCGACUUCAAUAGCCUCACGCAGUUGAACCUUGCCAGCCAGCGCAGCAGGCGGAUACGCAGGCGCUCCGGUGCAUCAUCUUCAGCCGCGCCAGCCGCCCCAGCCGCCCCAGCGCAUGAGCGCGGCGCGGCCGCAUCCACUUCCGCUGCGCCAUCCACUGCGGCUUCAUCGUCGGCAUCCGCCUCCAGUGGGGUACCAGCUGGGCCAUCGCAGCCAGCUGGGCCAGGGGCACCCGUCCAUGAACGCGUGCGGGCCAAAGUGCCUGCAACUCGGUAGGGUUUUCUUGGUUGGCCUUGAGAACCUUUGCGCAGAUGAGAUCAAGAGGGAUCAUUUCUAGCAGCUUUCAGAGAUCUGGAGUGACUCAGUCAGGGAGAAGUUGCAUGCAAGGGCCUCCUGUUCAUCUAUUUGUUUUGCG